ACACAACAUUUCACCGAAGCCGCGAAUUACUAAGCAGUUCUGCCACGUCAGUCAUUUUCGCCUAUCCAGUUUAAAGUCACUACUGUCAGCCGGCUUCGUGGAAGGUGCGGACGAGGCAGAACUUCGAGUGCAAAUGCUGUCGGAGUUCAGGGCUAGCCUUAAUUCAAUGAAGGCUGUUGGACUGAUGCUAGGAAUGCCUGGUUGUGAGCCCGAGAACUGUAAGAAAAAGGUCUGGCUUUGGAGCAUUCGAGCAUUACACUUCAUGCUAUUUCUUCUGUGGAUCGUCGACCUGUGGGAUCAUGCGGCAGCGAUGAGCGGUUCCGUGCUAUGGAACCGCUCUCUGUUAGGCGUACUUCACGUGAAUGCAAUAUUCAAUUCUAUCUAUUUCAACAUGGAAGCAAACAUUCUACUUCUUAAAAACAUAGUUCAGGAUCUGUCGAGGAUUGUCCGCAAAUUCGAAACCUCACCACGGGCGACCAGUGUUUAUCGGCAUGUUUCGAUUGUCGCACUUGGCCUUUUCUUUCUAACCUUCAGCGCUCGCUUGAUCGAGACGUUCUACGUGACAGACUUCAGAAGCGUCGCGGUUGGCACCCAACACAUUGUUGCCGGCCUUCUGUUGUUCAGCAGUCUGUAUUAUACGACGAUUUUUAUGAGCGUAGUGUUUUACCAAUUGAAUCUCAUUACGAUCAGAGUUACGGCUCAUGCAAAGGAGAAGCCAAUUCAGGGUAUCCGACAGCACGAAAUGGUAGGCCGUCUAUUAAACGAUCAUGUCAACAAAAUCUUCGGCUUGCCCAUCUUGUUGAUGAACGUAACAAUGGUCUUUCUCACCCUAGAUUUGUUAUUUACAUUAAAUAGGCAGGUCUCGAACGAUAGAUGGCUAUCAACGUACCUACAGAGCCUCAGCGGUAUUCUUCUCAUGAUGGUAAUGGUCGAGAUGGCGUGCAGGAUGUCGAAGUCGUCCAUGGUUCUUCCCGACCUCAUCUAUGACCAGAUCUUGACUCGAAAAGUGACGAGCAGAAGCUCGAUUCAUCAGUGCGACCUGUUUUUGGCUAAUUUUCGUCGGUUCUCCGUUCGUGUUUGGAACGAUAUAGCCCUUGACCGUAAGCUCAUUCUCAUUUUUACUGGGGUUAUCGGUUUCUACGCGGUUAUACGAGCCCAAAGAGUGCCGAACUCGCUGCCGCUCCACAUGUUAAUCAACUACGAUUCGGCGGAAAUGGCUUUUGUGAAAACUGACCAUUAUAGCAGUCCUCACAAUUUUCAGCCGCUAGUUCAGCCGCUACAUACGAAUUAUAGCGUCAAUGAUUUGCUCUAGCUCAGAGAUUUCCUAUUGUUAUGAUAAGACGGACAGAACCAGAUCUAAGAAUGCGAGGAAAAGAGGAUGAUAUCAUGGCAAUGUACUGGAAUAAAAAAUAGAUCAGGUAAUAAUAACAAGCGA